GGAGACCGCUGCGCGGGCGGGAUAGGGCGGGGCUGGAGCGGCCACCUGCGCGUGCUCCGGCAGCGAUUGGUCCUGCCCGGCGCGGGCCCCGCCCUUGCAGCGGACUGCGGAGCUUAGCCGACCUGAGCGAUUGCUGGGGCGCUGCUCCCAGAGGGAGCCAGGUGAGCCGCCCCCAAAGCAGGAUGCUCCAGCGACCCCCGGGUCCGCGAUGCUCUCUUGCUAGGCUGAAGUCCAACCUGAGCAGCCGAGAUUGGGAAAGGGGUGCACGACGAGAGAUGGGAGAGCAGCCUGGAGGCCAGUCCCUGAUCACCAUGGAAUUGCUUCUAAGCCAAGCUACCCUCAGGCACACACUGCUGCUCCUGCCAGCCCUCUUAAGUUCAGGUCAAGGGGAGCUGGCACCACAAAUUGAUGGUCAGACCUGGGCUGAGAAAGCACUCCGGGAGAAUGAACGCCAUGCCUUCACCUGUCGAGUGGCAGGGGGUUCUGCCACUCCCCGGUUAGCCUGGUACCUGGAUGGACGCCUACAGGAGGCCACCACCUCGAGACUGCUGAGUGUGGGCGGGGAGGCCUUCUCUGGAGGCACCAGCACUUUCACUGUCACUGCCCAGCGAGCCCAGCAUGAGCUUAACUGCUCCUUGCAGGAUCCAGGGAGUGGCCGGUCAGCCAACGCCUCUGUCGUCCUCAACGUGCAAUUUAAACCAGAGAUCGCCCAGGUCGGAGCCAAGUACCAGGAAGCUCAGGGCCCAGGCCUUCUGGUUGUCCUGUUUGCUCUGGUGCGGGCCAACCCCCCUGCCAAUGUCACCUGGAUUGACCAGGAUGGGCCAGUGACUGUCAAUGCCUCUGACUUCCUGGUGCUGGAUGCUCAGAACUAUCCCUGGCUCACCAACCACACCGUGCAGCUGCAGCUCCGCAGCUUGGCGCACAACCUCUCCGUGGUGGCCACCAACGACGUGGGCGUCACCAGUGCCUCGCUUCCAGCCGCAGGGCUCCUGGCCACCCGAGUAGAAGUGCCAGUGCUGGGCAUCGUUGUGGCUGCAGGGCUUGCCUUGGGCACUCUAGUGGGGUUCAGUACCUUGGUGGCCUGCCUGGUCUGCAGGAAAGAGAAGAAAACUAAAGGCCCCUCCCGGCGUCCUUCUCUGAUAUCUAGUGACUCCAAUAACCUGAAGCUGAAUAAUGUGCGCCUGCCACGGGAGAACAUGUCCCUCCCAUCCAACCUCCAGCUCAACGACCUCACUCCAGACCUCAGAGGAGGAGACGUGUCCUGGGCACAACCUCCUUUGUCACCCACAGGGAAAGCAACAGAGCGGCCAGUGGCUCAGCACAGCAGCCGUCCAGAGCUUCUAGAAGCCGAGCCUGGUGGCCUCCUCACCAGCCGAGGCUUCAUCCGUCUCCCCAUGUUGGGCUACAUCUACCGAGUGUCCAGCGUAAGCAGUGAUGAGAUCUGGCUCUGAGCCUGAGGGUGAGGCAUGAGGCCCAGGUGGCCUGUGGGCUUCCCGGAGUACCCACCCCAAUGCCUCCUUCAAGCUCUCCUCUGCCUGGCCACGUUAUGACCAUGAAGAAGCCAUGCCACUGCCACCUGGCCCUGCUGGCAGGGGUGCCCUCUGGGUCAUGCAUGUGUAUUUCUUGCACCCUAACCUGCAGGGCAGGGGUACCCUCUGCAAGCCCACUGGUCAGAACUAAGGCCCUUGCGCUCACUCCGUUUGGGGCCCUGCAUGUGGUAACCUGGCCCAGCUGAUGGAACUCUAGCCAGGAGUGUUCAGGUGUCACCCAACAGCUAAGAGAUGGGCUACUGUAUGUCCCACAUUAGUAUCCUCUGAGCCUCACCCAGAAGACAGAGGGGUGCCUAUGUGGGAGACAGGCGGGUCCCUGCACAGCUCAGAUGUCCUUCCUAUGCUAUGCAGCUUUGUCCCCUCAGGGAAAACAUAGCCCCUGCUCUCCGCAUAGAACCAAACUGUCCUUCGCUCAGGAACCAGCCCCUGCCCGGGGACCUGGCCAAGCACAAACUAGUCUCUUUGGCUGCAUGUCUUUCUGACCUUUUGUCCCCACCUCCUCUUGGGCAUCACAGGUCAUACACUUGACCUUCUUCACUAGGCAUUAGGCCUCCACUGGCCGAGGGGCCCAAAUGCCAGCCUUUGGUAUUAGCACAAGAUGAGCAGGAAGAGGUGACAAGCCUGCUGGUUCCCAGGACGGCUUGUAGCUACAGUGUUUUGUACAAGUGUUUGCACUUUAAGCACAUUCCCCGGGAAAGAGGAGGGCCCAGGGCCUUCUUGGGGUCCCCAUGUUUGGCCUUCAGCGAUUCACUGUGAGUGUUCUGAGCACUCAGGAUUGGUGGUUUCCCUCUCUGCAUGUCUCUCCCAUCAUGCAGCCGCAUCCCUGACCAAUCCCUGGCUGCCCCAUCCUAUUCUCUAGGGGAUGGCCACGUAGGCACGUAAUUCAACAAUGUCAGAAGUUUUAGGGGAGACAGAAAGCGGAAGCCCGCAGAGCUCCAAAGAACUAAGAAUAUUUUUUAAAACGCAUCAUGAAAAUGAUUACGGAACAACAGAGUAUAGAGUAUAUUUUCCCUUCUUAGUAUCUUGUUUUAUAAUUUUUCUCACGUUACUGGUUAGAGCCGUGCUGCACACACAGUAAACUACUUUGAUCGGAUAAA